CCCCACUCUUAACACCUAAUCCAAAACGCUUAAAAAGAAAAUGCAAAACUAAUAUAAAAUCAAAACCAAAACCACAGAACUCGCUGCCGGCCGGUGAAAUGAACUUUCCGGCAAACACAUCUCCGUUGUCCAUGAAUAAUGCGCGUUUCGCCGAUCAUCGCCGCCAUGUGUUUCAUGAGAAGUCUUGCUUCGAAACAUUUUUCACCUAGUAGUUUUUCAAUACCUUUUCCCUAAAAAUGGAUAACAGAUUAUAGAGUAGAGUUUAUAGCUUUUACGAAGAGUUUCAAACAGUUUUGUUUAAAGAUCCUUUGCAAUUUUUUUUGCUGUUGAAAAAUCAUGCCUCCGAUGAAGAUCCAACCGAUCGACAUCGAUUCUGAGAAGCUGAAUCAAAUGAGAGCGGUGGUUCGAAACGACGCCGUUAAGCCUGUGUUGAAAUCGCGGCUCAAAAAGCUCUUCGUGUUCGACCGGCAAUUUACAAACGUGUCAAAGACUUCCUCUAAACCUAUCGCCGGCGAAGUUCCACCCUCUGGCGACAGGUUCAGUGAACAUUUCGAGCCGAGCUCAGUUUGCUUAGCUAAAAUGGUUCAGAGUUUCAUUGAAGAGAGUAACGAUAAGCAUGCGCCGGUGUCUAAAUUUGCUCGCAACAGCUGCAAUUGCUUUAACGGAAACAGUAACGAUAGCUCCGAUGAAGAACUUGAUUUCUUCGGUGAAUCUACCACUUCUGGUUCUGUCAAUGAUGCCGGUGAUGCGCUCAAGAGUUUGAUUCCAUGUGCGAGUGUUGCGGAGAGAAAUCUCUUAGCUGAUACAUCCAAAAUAGUUGACAAAAAUAGCAAAGUUUUCAAGCGAAAAAACGAUUUGAGAAAGAUUGUUGCAGAAAAUCUUUCUUCCCUAGGUUAUGAUUCUUCCAUAUGCCAUUCUAAAUGGGACAAAACACUUUCUCACCCUGCCGGUGAAUAUGAAUACAUCGAUGUGAUUGUGGAAGGUGAGAGGUUGAUAAUUGAUAUUGAUUUUCGAUCGGAGUUUGAGAUUGCUAGAUCGACAGGGACAUUCAAGGCGAUCCUGCAGUUUCUUCCUUACAUUUUCGUUGGGAAAUCGGAUCGUCUCUGUCAGAUCGUUGCCGCUGUAUCAGAAGCGGCUAAGCAGAGUUUGAAGAAGAAAGGAAUGCACGUUCCGCCGUGGAGGAAGGCGGAGUACAUGCUAGCUAAGUGGCUCUCCGCCUCCUGCACGAGAGCGAAACCGUCGCCAAACUCCACUGUGCAAGACUUGAAGGAGGAUCUCGGCGAGAAAACAUCUGUUUCCGAUGGUGACAAAAGGUUGUUGGCGGUGGUGACGCCAACCUGGCAGUUACCGGCGGUGAAAGUAAAAAGUGUUGAGAGAGGUGCCAAGGUGGUGACUGGAUUAGCCUCCCUACUCAAAGAGAAAUCGUAAAGAAAAUUUUGCACUUUUUUUGGAUAACGUUAAUUAGAAAAGAAAAAGUUAAAUCAAAAUUAAAAGGACUUUUUUUCAUCUUCA